GCCUGUGCUUCGUUUAUCAGCGAUUGCCGGCAGCUCAACACUUUCAGUUCACGUUUAGCAACUUUCCGGAGAGGUUCGCCAGAGAUUCCAACAGAUUCACACACCAGGAUGGUUAUCAAUUUCGCCGCCGGUCCAGCCAAGUUGCCCGAAGAGGUUCUAAAAGAAGUACAGGCCAACCUCCUCAACUGCAAUGGCAGCGGGAUUUCGGUCAUGGAAAUGUCCCAUCGCUCCAGCAACUAUGGAAAGAUCCAGGAAACUGCCAUCAACGAUCUACGGGAGCUCCUCAAUGUGCCCAGCAACUACAAAAUCCUCCUGAUGCAGGGCGGUGGCACCGGACAGUUUGCCGCGGUAGCUCUCAACUUGAUCGGGAUUACUGGCAGUGCUGAUUAUGUUAUCACCGGAUCAUGGUCGUCGAAAGCAGCCAAGGAAGCGGCUCAGUAUGGAAAAGUGAAUGCCGUGAUUCCCAAGCUGGCCAAGUACACGACAGUUCCCAGACAAAGCACUUGGCAAUUGGAUCCAAAAGCAUCCUAUGUCUACUACUGCGACAAUGAAACAGUUGAGGGCGUGGAAUUUGAUUUUAUUCCCGAAAUUCCAGAAGGUGUACCCCUGGUGGCCGAUAUGUCGUCCAAUUUCCUCUCUCGCCCCUUCGAUGUCAGCAAGUUUGGUGUCAUCUUUGCGGGAGCCCAGAAAAACAUCGGACCAGCGGGCACAACAGUAAUCAUUGUCAGGGAGGACUUAAUUGGCAAGCAUCUGAAGACCACACCCUCCAUCCUGAACUUUGAGCUGAUGGACAAGAACAGCUCACUGCUCAAUACUCCUCCGACGUUCGGAAUCUAUGUUAUGGGCCUGGUGUUCAAGUGGAUCAAGAGCAAUGGAGGCAUUGCUGGCAUGGAAAAGCAAUCCGCCGCCAAAUCCAAGCUUAUCUAUGACAUUAUCGAUCAGUCCAAUGGCUUCUUCUACUGCCCCGUAGACGCUAAUGUGCGCUCGCGCAUGAAUGUACCCUUUAGGAUCGGUAGUGCCGCCGGUGACGAUGCCCUAGAAAAGGAGUUCCUGGCCAAAGCGGAAGCGGAAGGCAUGAUCCAGUUAAAAGGUCAUCGUUCAGUGGGCGGAAUUCGUGCCUCUCUUUACAAUGCAGUUACGCUUGCUGAAACCCAAAAGCUGGCCAAUCUGAUGCUGGCUUUUUACAAAAACAAUAAAAAUUAGGACCACUCUUUUCUAA